GCGAAUUGUGCAGGACAGCGGAGGCCUGGGUUGCAGUACGGGCCCCAGGGGCAGCUUCAUGCUCAGCGAGCCCCUCAAGGAGGCGCUCCGUCUCGAAAUGCAGAUGCAGGUUGACGGCGGCUGCCUGGCACCACCGAGCGCCCGCACCAUCGUCAAGCGAGGCUCGUACGCGGGACAGACCGAGUGGCAGCGAAACGGACUUCGCUCUUCGUCUCCCGAGCGACGCCACAGCUACCAGAAGCCCUCGGCGGGUCAGGACAGGGACGCCUCGUCGGACUCCUCCCUCGAGGACGACUACCUGCCCCGGCCGGGCCGCCUGCGCCGCAAGUCGCGCCUCCAGAGACACAAGAGCCGCACGGCCGCAGACGAGGAAGACUCCGAGGGAAACGAGUGGCGCAGCAACACGUCCUCUUCGUCGGCGCUGGACAGCCUGGACGCCGACGGGGGCCCGCCUCCCCCGGCGCACCCCACCUCGUCGCACCGCGGCAGCACGGUGAGCGGUGGACGGCUGGGCGUGCUGACGCGCUACAGCUCGGAGAGCUCGGACGUCAGCGACCUGAGCGGAGGACGCGGAGCCCCGGAGAGCUCGCCGGACGAGCGCCGCAGCAUCCCGAGCGUAACGGUGGACGCCAUCGGGCUGCCGCCCCCGUCGGUGGGCCUCUACGAGGAAGUGCGUCGGUGCUCCACGGGCAGCGCCCUGCCGCGCAUGCCCAUCCCGGAGAACCAGCUGUGCCUGUUUCCGGGCGCCCCCCACGGCACCGGCAGCACUCACUCGCUGGACCUGCCCCGCGAGGAGCUGGGAAAACCCGAGCGGAGGGCCUCGGCACCCGAAGGAGACAACAUCAAGAUCGUCAUCGACGACGUCGACUCGCAGGGACCACCUCCAACGCCACUGCGCAAGAGAGUGCUACUGCAGAGGGAUCCCGCCGAUACUGGAGCGAGGACACGAGGGUUCGGCAUGCGGGUGAUGGGCGGCAAGAAGGCGCCGGACGGCCACCUGUACGCCGCGGUGGCCUGGGUGCUGGCCGGCUCGUCGGCCGACCUGGCCGGACUGAAACAGGGCGACGUCAUACUCGAGUGGAACGGCACGUCCCUCGUCGACCGCUCGUACGAGGAAGUGUGCGCCAUACUGGACAAGUCGCCACACAGCGUCGAGCUGGUCGUCGAGACCGGAAGAAAAAUGAGCAACCGCGAGCUUCGCGCGUCCACGGGCAACAUCCCGUCGCGCAAGUCGUCCACCUGUUCCAUGGGCGGCGGCGAAGGGGCGGCCACUCGCCGCAAGCUUCCCAAGACGCCCGACGAGAUCUGCAACAAGGCGCACGUCCAGGGAGAGCUCGGCGUCCGCCUGUGGUACGACGGCACCGACUUGGAGGUUACCGUGCUGGGCGCACGCGGCCUUCCUCCUCGACGUUCGUACGUCAAGCUGCGACUGCACGAGCCCGGCUCGGGUCUGCGAGGUCCAGCCAUGAAGACGCCCAUAUCGGAGCCGGUGACCAAUCCGGAGUGGAACAAGACGUUCGUCUUCCGCUCGCUAGAGUCCCUCGAGGGCCUCUUCCUGGACCUGACGGUGUGGGACCACCGGCCCGUCGGCACCAACGCCUUCCUGGGAGAGGUGCAGCUCCCGCUCGACCGGGCACCGCUCAGGGACACCCCCGAAUGGCUUCCGCUGUCCAGGGGCGCCGGCGGCGCCGGACGCAGCCACUCUCAGGAACUGCCGCCCGAUGACCUCAUCCGGAGUUCGUCUAUGGACUCGAUGUUGCUUCACCCGGACGACGCAUGGCAGGGUAACCCUGUGGAACGGAAGUCGUCGGCGCCGUCCGUGUACUCGGUUUCCACGGCAGGAAAUCCGAAGAACCGCCAACUGCUGGCACAGGACAGCCUACCAGAACUGUACGCAUCGUCUCCGACGCAAACUCCGGAACGAGCCAAGAGCGCCAGCUUCAAGGUUCGCCGAAACGUCAACCUUCCGGACACCACAGCCAUGGACGAGAGGCGGUCGCUUCCGAGGCGAAAGCUCUCACGGACGGUGAGCCUCAAGUCGGACGAAAGGGUCAACCACGUCCCUGUCAACAAAGGGAGCAACGACGGCGGAGACAGCAGCUCCGGCUCGGAGCGCUGUCAUCAAGAAGUAGGACCGGGCCAGAAGAACUCCCGCCGAGACCUGGCUCGACUCGGCGAACUCAAGCUGGGUUUCAUUAUGACCAAGGGUCAGCUCGAAGUCGAGGUCGUCUGCGCCCGGGGACUGCCUCUAGGAUCGGGAGGCACGCCGCCAGACACCUACGUGAAGACGUACCUCAAGGAGGGCGACCGCCAGAUGCAGAAGCGCAAGACGCGCGUCGUACGCCACUCGUGCGAGCCGCAGUACCGCCAGACGCUCAAGUACACGGCCGCCGACGUGCUGGGCCGAUCGCUGCUCGUCACCGUGUGGGAACGGGCCCGCGGCUUCGAGCACAACCAGCCGCUGGGCGCCGCCCUGGUCCACCUGGACCGACUCGAGCUGAGUCGCCUCACUCUGGCCUGGUACGCGCUGCAGACGCCCGCCGGACCGGCGUCGGCCUCGGGACCCCGCGGCAACGGCGAGGACGACGACGAUGACGACGACGAUUCGCCGUGAACUUGACUCGACUUCUACUACCCUGACACUGUGUGUGUAUGUGUGCGUGCGAGCUACGACGACAGCCGGUUUUCGAUUGAUCCACGGGUCCACGAGACGGGGAAAUUUACCACGAUGCACACGCGCUCCUGCUGCAUCCUCGUGUGCCCUCUGUUCGCUUCUCCUGAUAAGUUUGCAGGAUAACUUAUAAGAUAAGAACCCUUGUCGCAGGAUAAGGUUGCGCUUCGAAUCACGUCCGGCUGGGUUGCAUCCUCUUAUUGGUCGUGAACAGGAACCGUGGUGGCGGGCCGACGUAGCGGCGAGGCCGACAGCCAGUUCGUUCUCUGCUGGCGUUCGCCAAGCAUUAUUUUUCUCGAAGCCAGUGCUGACGAUAGCCCUACCACAAGCUGCAGAAAAAUGUUAGUCUAUGGUCACCUCUUUCGUAAGAAUCAGGGCGCUGUACCUACAUCGGUAGGACCAAACAACAAGAGCGGAAGUUACAGUAUGGUCGAGAGUCCAUGAGGGUUCAGAUAACAGAGUGAAGAUAAUAAUGUUGCGGACGCUGGUCGAGUUCGAUGAAAAAUGAGAGACGUUUGAGAACCCUGAUCAAGUCAGAGAUGGGAAAGUGUAGGUAGUUUGUAUUGACGUCACCAAUGGUACCCAUCUUGGGGUCAAGAGGCUGCGUCAACAAGAAAUUGACAGCACGUCGAGCGCGCCUUGCGCCGAACGGCAAAUUGAUAACAGUCAUCACACGGUGACAUAAUGUCGCCAUCGAAAAGAAAAGAUACAAUGUAGGCCUAAUAACAUGGUGCAUCAAAGUUAUCGGUGUUAUCGGGUUAUAGUUAACGGUGUUUAGAUACGGCGCGUACGGUACGGCGAAAAGCAGCGUUCGUGACGUCACGCGAACUUGUCCAUCUUAGACUUAGUCAGUGACCAAUCCUUCGUCCUUUGUAAUUACACUGCAUUUGCAUUGUUUCCUGUUCGUCGAUAAGUGUAAAAUGUGUCAAAGCAGAAACGAUCCGUCGUUUGCACACUAGACGUAGACGAUGAGACAAUACAGUGCAAUACAGCGGCAUUGUUUGCUCCAGUCUUAGACGGAAUAUAAACGCAUUGUUGUGGGAACGUCUGGAAGGGGUCAGUGCCCACUCUCAAUGUCCUUUGGGUCAGUGUCCGCUCUUCAUAAUCAAGACGCGAAACGAAAACAGAGUCAGAAAAUGGCAGGCGAAUCAGGUUUCAUUUAAAGGCUGUAAAAAUCACCGCGAGAUGUUUUGCUGCAGUCGGAAUCGAAGGUACCGAACGAGGGGACGUCGUUCGCUCGCUUACGCGUCUUGGCACACGCCUCUAAACAGCUGCGCACAUCGUUUCUUCUCCAACCGCCUGUAGGGAUUGGGAAGGCUAUUUCACUGUACCGCGGGCCGUAAAACGAAACUAUGCGCCGCACCUGGGAUUUGUCGAUACGAGCUUACUGGCGAUCGCUUGCCAGUGACUAUUGCUCGAACCUUUUGCAGCCGACCAACCACCUGAUUUCACAACCACGCGCGAGGCGCUUGCAGAAGACGUAGACGGCAGUAGCAGUUGGUCGUAAACGUAAAGAGCGUUUCGGCAUGCAGCGUUAAGGCAUUACAGGGUGUUUUCAAUUUGCGCAACGAAUAGAGAAACAGAGACAAUUCUUAUUUAUCGUAUUCAUUAGAAGAAAGAUAUAUUAGCAGCAAACCAAGGUUUCGCCUAAAUGAGUAUGGUGUUCCUACCAGUGUGUCCCUUCCGACUAAAUUAAAUGCCUAUAGCAGAGAAUCUAAUGAAGUGCAAGUCUCUUUACCUAGCGUAAGGACUAACGGAGAGGUCAGUAGCCUUUGGUUGCAUCGCAGACUUUUCUAUUUGAAACUUUUAGUUGCUGCGGAAGCCUCUUUCAUUGCUGAGUAGUCUGGCCAUUGUACCGGUACAUCUUAGUUUGCAGGAACGUUCGAAUUAAAAACGCUGACAACAGUCGUUCGCUAAUUAUGGAAAGCAAAGUAUUAAUAUUCACGUGUUACGUGCAUACUUAGCUUCAGGUUAGGGCACGGGCUAGGCUUCUGAAUUGCUUUACGUGAAAUAAAUGUGUUUCAAGUAUGCCUGCUCUGUGUUGAACGUAGCGUUCUAUUAAUUUUUCGGCAAGUAGCAUGAACACAGGAAGCAGAGCCUUCAACUUUAAUAACGUUAAGACCGACCGGAAAGCAGGCGUUGGAAUUCGUGUCGGAAAUUAGAAUCCACAAAACCUGAGGGUUUGAACGGGACUGCUCCAAUGAACCUAAUUAUCACCAUUGCGUAGGCAUCAUCACUCCGCCUCUAAGCAAUAAUUAUUUGAACAUCCGGAGCUCUGAGAGGACAGGGAUUCCAGGUUACUGGCGCGUUUCGUGCAAUAAUUAAUUAGUGCAGCAUAAUUAAAUGGCCUCAGGCAGUAACAAUAACUUCUUUGUCAGCUCGUAGUUCGAAGUUAUCAGAACAGUUAUCGUUAAUCCCCUCGCACGCUACAAAUAUAUGUGUUGGUAUCUCGUUCAUCCUAAGGUACGUCACAAAGGUACGCGUCGGUAUCUCGUUCAUACCCUUGUACGCCAUAGAGGUACGCAUUGGUAUCUGGCAUUGUAAUCCAAUUUCGUCUACUCGGCAAGCUUUGUCCUGUGAUCUUUUCGUGACAGCUAGCAUAUUCAAAGUUAGCAGAUCGCGUUGAUCAUGGUACUUCCAGGAGUGCCCCAGUGUCGUCGUCAUAUCUACGAGAUAUUGAAGGCCAGUACGUCAUCACAGACCCGGCAAGCCUCCGGAAGAUUACCCGUCAUCUGUCUGAUUUGAUUGCCCUUCACCAUGACUCAUCCGAGCACACCGUGACUGCACAGACUCUGUUACGCCGUUGCUAAUGUCAAACAGCAAGGAGGUGCUGACUCUUGCCCUUCGAGUGCUUCGACCAACCUGAUUGGGCUACCCGACUGACACGUGGUUACAAACGGUUGCCCGUAUAAGAAAACCGACUCUGCGUGUGCUCCAUGCAAUGUGUUGAUGUGUGUGCGUGUGUGUCUGUCCACGUGUCGACGGCGCACUGACUGCGUCUCCUUUCCCGACGCCUGUUCUUUACUGACAUGUGCGUUCUCACACCGUCGUGCGGUGCACCGGCCGCCGAAUUGGGGAAGAACAACAUUGUGCUACCUUUGUGCAACUUCGGUCAUUUGUUUGUAUGUAUGUACCUGCGCAUACUGGAUUUCAGCCUUGACUUGCCCGUCAGUUAUGCUCCCCACUUUGUCUAAGUACGACGUCCCCGACUAUACCAGAAAUUUCCUGUUGAGGUAUCUUCAACAGGUCGUGUACGUAGCGUCUAGACCCUUGCAAAUGUGAAUUCGCACAGUCUAUAUAGACCAUCUAUAGACCCCCCGUAGACUGGUUAACCUUCGUAAUGACUUCUCGAUUUGUCUAUAGUGUUUGUACAUUUACCGUUGACUGUUGUCCCUGACGGUGCCGUUUUGUUUUCGUCUAUGUGUACUCCGUAGACAACCAGCUUUGAAAGGUUGGCUGCGGAAAGUCUAGCGAUGGUAGUCUAAUUAACUAUAAACCUUAACUCUACAGCCUGGCUGUACAUGUUAAUCUAAAGGCUUUAUCACAACACAUCUGCAGACGUUCUAAAUCUUACUGCCUGCGCAGUUUUGUAAAUGUAACAGACGUCAGUGCCUUUUCGUUUCGCUUAUUGUUAUCACAGUCCCGGAACCAAUGACACUGUACUCUGUAUGCCUGAGAGAGCAACAUCCAUUGCAACAUUAGCCUAAGAACGCGAGUAUAGAUAUCAAAGAUACAGGCAGCAGUUAUAUGCUGUUCACGAAGCACAUAACAAAGUCUUGGUUUACGCUCGGCUUGCGGUAAACUAUCCUCCGUUCAUUCGUAUGGACGAUAGGGUUGUGUUUUACUUUAUAAAGAACACGUAGCAAACGUUUUCGAAUCAUACCUGUCGCUAAACUCGACACCGAAAUUUGUGCCUGAAGUCGUGCCUGAAGUUCGGCUUCCUCCGGUACAUAUGAAACAAGCAAGCGUUCCACGCGCUGUGCAGGCUUCGCAUGCGGUAAUGCCAUUUUAGUUUGAUUCGGCUACCACGCGUGACGCGGCACUUCAUAUACCAUCCGUACUUAUCUAAUAGGAACAUCAUGCUUUUCUGAAACGCGAGGGUCCGCGACUGGUGUGACUAAAGAACCCCGGCCCGCAAAGAUAAGGGCUGGAACUUGAUUUGAUAAAGCACGCGAUGUGCCAAGGGCUUAUAGCCAAAUAUACCUAGGUCCCCUUAUCGUGAAACUUCCUUAAUGAGAGAGAUCUCUCACUGACCUGUGUUCGGGCGCCAGCUAUUCAUGAUAUUGAUUGGUUUGAUAGUGAGAUCACUAGAUUUACGUCAUAGAUGUUUUGGGUGAGUGCGGGCCCUUGCUUCGUGUUCGCAGGGCUUCUCUUACCUAAGAGCGCUUAUUUAUGAGCAGGCGUUCGAUCGCCUUUUGUUAGUGGUAGUGAUCGGCUU